ACCCAGGAGGCGCAGGUGCUGAAGCAGCUGGCGGAGAAGCGGGAACACGAGCGGGAGGUGCUGCACAAGGCGCUGGAGGAGAACAACAACUUCAGCCGCCUGGCCGAGGAGAAGCUCAACUACAAGAUGGAGCUGAGCAGGGAGAUCCGCGAAGCACAUCUCGCCGCCUUGAGGGAGCGGCUCCGCGAGAAGGAACUGCACGCAGCUGAAGUUCGCAGGAACAAGGAACAGCGGGAGGAGAUCUCUGGAUAAAGGGCUUUUCUACACCUCUAGCACCUGAUUCCUGUUAACAAACCGACCAAUCGACCAACCAACACAUUUUAUUUCGUUUGUCUAGAUGCGACCUUCGGUUCUCCGUCCCGUCCCGUUCCCCCCCCCCUCCCUGGUGUUUGUCCCCCAGCUACACGCUUCUCUAUCUCUGCAUCCUUAAUCGUCAGUACUCGUGGGGAUUCACAGAUCAUAGGGAUCUCUAAGCAGAAUAGCGACUAGUUCACAUGGAAUAGAGAAACAAUCGAUCGAUCAGUCAAUCAAACAGCUUCUUUGGAGGGUUUUGUCCUUUUUUAAAACAAAUAUUUCUUAAAC